GCCUGAGUGCCUCAUUGCCUCGGCUAUUUUGCCUUGCAGCCUCCCGCAGCUGUCACUUCUUAUCUCUAUACUUAGUACCAUUUUCACUGCCCCCCUCAUUGCAGCCACCUACAAAACCUUUCAGUCCCUUGGCUGCGGAGUCUUCGGUCCCCUGACCGUCUCUCUCCAUCAUGCCCCCUGUCGGCGCCGCUCUCUGGCGGUCUCUCCGCGCCCAUCAAGUCUACGGUGCCAACACCGACGUCGGCAAGACUAUUGUGUCGACCGUUCUUUGCAACGCAAUUAAUCAACAAAAGUCCGCUUCGCCUGCUGCUUUUCUCAAGCCUAUCUCGACUGGUCCAUUGGACGAUGCAGAUGACCGCCACAUCCAACGCUACGCCACCGGCACGCUCACUAAAUGUCUAUAUCAAUUCGACGAGCCCGUCAGCCCACAUAUUGCGGCCAGGCAGAAGUUGCUGACGAUCCCACGGGAUGAUGAAAUCGUUUCUUCCGUCCACAAGACGCUGUCGGAGUGGGCGGGGAGGGGAGUUAAUUUCGCCUUGGUUGAGACGGCGGGCGGCGUGCACUCGCCCGGCCCCAAUGGCAAUUCCCAGGCCGAUUUGUACCGACCUCUGAGACUCCCCAUUGUUCUGAUUGCGGACUCCCGGUUGGGAGGCAUUUCUUCGUCCAUCUCGGCUUAUGAGUCGCUAUUGUUGCGCGGCUACGAUGUGCAUUCUGUUUUGCUGUUUCGUGAUGAUUAUUACCAGAAUCAUGAGUAUCUGCGCACUUACUUUCAGAAGAAGAGUAUCCCCUUGGUGCCUCUUCCGCAGCCUCCGGCGCGACCGCAGUCGCAGGAUGUGGACUCAUUGGCUCGUGACGAGGAGGCUAUGGCGAGGUACUACGAGCGGGUCGCACGAGGUAGUGAGGUGGGUGGGUUGCUGGAGGAACUGACGGCGAAGAAUACGGAGCGCAUCGAACGCUUGGAGGCUAUGUCUGGUCGGGCUCAUGAUACGAUUUGGUAUCCGUUCACGCAGCAUCAUGGCAUGGCCCCGAAGGAUAUCACGGUGAUUGACUCGGCGUAUGAUGAUUUCUUCCAGACUUAUGCGCCAGAAAAGGCGUCGCAGGAGGGUGGACUGCGCGCGACGUUUGAUGGCUCCGCCUCGUGGUGGACGCAGGGUCUGGGACAUGGAAACCCCGACCUGGCACUCUCAGCUGCCUAUGCGGCGGGUCGUUACGGACAUGUCAUGUUCCCUGGAAAUAUCCACGAACCGGCGCUGUCUUUGGCGGAGACUCUACUCGAGACCGUCGGAAACCCGCGUUUCCAAAAGGUUUUCUACACCGACAAUGGCAGCACGGGCAUGGAGGUCGCUAUCAAGAUGGGUCUGCGGGCGGCGUGUCAUCGGUACGGCUGGGACGCCAGUCAGGAGCAGAUUAGCAUCCUGGGGCUCAAGGGGAGCUACCACGGCGACACAAUCGGUGUGAUGGACUGCUCCGAGCCGUCUACCUACAACAAAAAGGUGGAAUGGUAUCGCGGUCGCGGGUACUGGUUCGACUUCCCCCAGGUGCGCAUGUCGCAGGGUGCCUGGAAGAUCGACAUGCCGGAGAGUCUCCAGGAGGCAUUGGGUCCGGAUCUCGAGUACUCGUCCUUGAACGCGGUGUUCGAUCUGGAGGCGCGGGUCGCCUCGGAAGCCGGACAACGCUACAAAGAGUAUAUCCGCCGGACCAUCGAGACCCUGGUUCAGGAACAGGGCAUGAAGUUCGGGUCGGUUAUUAUGGAGCCGAUUAUUCUAGGCGCGGGUGGAAUGCUUUUCUGUGAUCCCCUUUUCCAACGGUGUCUCGCCGAUGUCGUCCGCGCCCAUCCCGAGCUCUUCAGCGCCGACGCCACCCCAGGGAGGGGCGCGGGGUCGUGGUCGGGUCUCCCAAUCAUCUUCGACGAGGUGUUCACCGGGCUGUACCGUUUGGGCCGCCGAUCGUCCGCGUCGUUCCUGGGGGUGGACGCCGACAUCGCUGUCAACGCGAAGCUGCUGACGGGCGGGCUGGUGCCGCUGUGCACGACGCUGGCGAGCAACGAGGUAUUUGAGGCGUUUUCGAGUCCGCACAAGAGCGAUGCGCUGCUGCAUGGCCACAGCUACACGGCACACGCGGUCGGGUGCCAGGUCGCGGUGGACUCGCUGCGGACGAUGACGCAGAUGGAGCAGGGUGGGGCUUGGAACAAGUACCGGCAGGAUUGGCAGGAUUGGCAGGCCGCGCCGGCGGACAGCAGCCCGGAGGUUUGGAGCGUGUGGUCGCACGGGCUGGUUCAGGAGCUGUCCCACGCGCCAUCGGUGGAGGGGCUGUUUGCGCUGGGGACGGUGCUGAGUAUUUCGCUAAAGGACACCCAGGGCGGAGGCUACACGUCGACAGCCGCGCAGGGGCUGCAGCAGCGUCUGGCUGCCGGUGGGGCUCAAUUCCAGGUGCACUCACGGGUGCUGGGCAACGUGCUGUACCUGAUGUCGAGUGUGACCUCGACACCCUCGGCAUUGCGGGAGAUUGAGGGAGUUCUGCGGGCAGCAUUGCUGUAGUAGUGGAGAUGAUGGGGAAUUACGCGAGGAGUGAUUGGUUCUCCGGGUUUCUUCUUCCGCACAUGGCUGCAAAAUGGAAUCGCUACGACAUUCACGAAUCUUAUCUAGAUAUCUGCUGUACCGUUCGGAGUAUCCUGUACUGUAGAUACUAGAUACAUGAAUAGUAUUCUUAUCUGGUGAUCUUGCUGAUCUUGGUACCUGUUCCUGUUUGGGUGCUGAACAAUCCAUUGUUCACCGACGGCCCGAACAGUGCGCUACCGGGGGUUCCGCCAAUCAAGGGGAAGAUAAUGCUGACUGCCAGGCACCGAGUCCAGUGGCAGUGGAAAAUCCAUGGGAAGAGACAGGCAGGACAGGCCAGACGGGCGGACAGCUCCCUUGGUCCGAUCCAGACCGGUGGGGAGCUCGGAGCACAGCAGGUUGGCGCGCCAGAUCUGCAUGUUGGCUGCAGCCAAGCCAGCCAACCAAUUCCCU